AUGACCUCGAAGAAUGAUUCCGAGGGCAACACGAACCAUACAAACUCUCUAAGUAUGGGGACCACCCAUAGGAUAAGAGCACUCUUAAAUUUUACAGAUGAAGUGAAAUGGAAACAAUUCUCAAGUAGAAGAUUGGAACUCAUUGAUAAGUUUAAAUUGAGCGAAUUUAAAGCUAGUGAACAAGAUUAUAAUAUUAGACAGAUUGCCGCCAUUUUAAGAACUGAAUUCGGUUAUCCCGUUCAUUAUACUCAUGAAUUCGAAAAAUUAGUCACCGCAGCUGUUCAAUCCGUGAGAAGAAAUAGGAAAAGAUCCCUUAGGAGAGCUUCCAUGGCAAGCCCCUCAAGAGGAUCAGGUUAUAAAUUCAAAAAUGUGAGUGGAUCAUUCAAUGAUGGUAAUAAGCAACAGUCUUUACCACAGGAAAGCAAUUCAAGACGAACAUCCCAAUUGGAAAAUCAAAUACCUAUAAGUCCAAGAUCUGUCAUGGUUCAACAGAACCCGUUACCUUCUCAAACAUUAUUUUCACCACAACAAGUAGCUCCAGCAACAAUGAUAAUUACAAAUCCAACGCCGACUUCUUCAACGGUAAGUAAUGCCACAGAACAAAAUCCUCAAAAGUUACCACUUCAAUCGCCGUAUCAACAACCAAUACGUUGGGGUCCUCAAUAUGCCCCACAAGUUCAAAAUAUUCAAUUCCAACCAAUCCCACAACCACAACAACCACAACCUUUGCCACAAUACCAACCUUACUUAAAUACAAUGAUACCACAAGUACCCAAUAUUAUGCCCACAAAUAUAGUAUGUGCUCCACAUCCUUUACCGAAAAUUGAACCAAAGGGACAAUUGGAAGGAAGUAAUUUAACAGGAACCCUACAGAAAAUCGAUGAUACUACAAGAGAAUACAUUUAUGAAAUUGUAAAUAAUGUGGUACCCUUAACUGAGCAGGCUAAAAAUAGUCAUAAUGAUAUGCCAAAUCUUGCUCAAUUUUCUGAAAUAAAUAGUCCUCUACAAAUAUCCAAGGACCAUGAAUCCACAUCUGAUGAAAUACCUUUUUUCCUAAGAGAAAAAUUAUUAAUGCAAAUACAAAAUUCCAAGACAUGCUCUAAAUUAUCUCUUCCAAACCAGAAACCCCCUGAAAAUUUACCAAAUCUUCAAGUGUUGGGCAAUCUAGCAUUACAAAUUUCCACAUCGUUUGUAUUGGAAAGAUUCUUCUCCGACUUAUCGGCGGUAUCAAUGGAUUAUAUCACUUCUAAGAUUCUCUCUGAAGAUAAUAUAAAGGAUUUGUCAAAUAAAUUAUUUUCUCCAGCAGUGACUCACAAUAUCUUUGAAAUUAACACAAAAUUCUUGCUCUUCAUCUUAUUAGGAUCCAUCGUGAAAGAUUUUGGCUUUGAUCCAACUCUUUAUCCUUUAAGCGAAAUGCUUCACCAUAUCAUUAUGAAAAGAUACCCACUUGUGACAGGUAACGUGGACAAUUCCAAAUCAAAGGAAGGUAAUGCUGCUGCAUUGUCAAGUUCUUCCUCAUCUCAGGACCAUGGUUUGAAAGCAUUUAUUUAUACCUUACCAAUAAAACCACAAUUGGCAAAUCAAAAUGUCAAUAGAAAGGUAACUAUCAAAUUUAAAGGACAAGAACAUAAUUUCACAUUCCCACUAUUGACUAAUUCACCACCUACAAUUAACGAAAUACUCGAAAAUUGUAGAAACUUGUUUAAGAUAAUGUCACCAAAUCAAGCAUUAGGUAUUUUCCAUGAGAACUCUUUAUUAACUGACAAUUAUAAAUUAUCACAAUUACUCAACGUUGUAACAAAGGACGAUCUAAUAUUAGAAAUCAAAGAGUUGCACAACUUGUCCAGUAACGUGAAAAAUUCACAUGAGGAUAACAAUGGAAACGUUUACGAGCCUACUUUAGAGACAAUGAUACCUCAACCUAAUGUUACAAACCAUAAAUUGCCAACAUUAUCAUUACCUAGAAAUUCACCACCUAAGACAAGUCCAGCCUUCCUAAUUCCUUCAGAACAUGGACACAGACUGCAAAACGCCAUGCAUUCAAAUGAAACUGAUAACGAACAAAAGAAACGAACACUAUCUGAAACUAAUAUUUCUUCAACCUCACCGUUAUCUUUUAAGACAAUCCUGAAUAACUCAAAGGAAACCACAUCAACUAAUAACGAAACUCCAACUUCAUCUCAUUCUUCUCCAAUAGUCCCAAGAAAAAAUUCACUAACUCCCGUUGAAAUAAACCUUAAUAGAAACUCUGUUUCGAUUCCAAUUAUAGAAUACAAUAAUAAUACUAAUACUAAUAAUACUAAUAAUGAACAUUCAAGUACCAAGUUGAGAGAUAUAGAAUCAUCGCCAAAGAUACCUAACGUUCAUACAGAUAAUAAAAUAUUUCAAGAUAGCAAAUUACCCACUCCAGUUCCAUCAUUUCAACCGUUAUUAUAA